AUGUUAGAUGAACUAUAUAAAGCAGAACGUGGAGAGAUGGAAAAGAAACUUCAAGCAAAAGAUGAAGUCAUUGAAUCCAAAGACAAAAGCAUACAGAAAAGAAUACCGCGUUCAGUACCAAAAGGAAAGGAAAAGAGUUAUAAGUAUAUGAUUUAUACUGAAGAGUUGGAGAAAGAAGAAGAUAAAGAUAUGGUUAUGUUACAUUUAGUCAGAAGAAACAACAAAAGCUUUUAUGACUUAGCUAAAAUAUAUAAAUCUGACAGAAACUGGUUCUAUCGUGAAAACUUACCGAUUUCAAUGACACCGAAUGAGCAAAUAAAGGAAAUUGUCAAAAAUACUCUUCCUCAAACACACUAUGACAUCAAAGGUUGCACAAUACUUACAUUCAAAGAAGACUUACCAUUACUGAAGGAAAAAAUAACAGAAUAUUUCGAUAACUUCAAAGAGGAAGAAUAA